AUGAUCGACCUUGGCCUCGCCCGCAUCGCGCGCCUGGUGCCGCCAGCGUCGCUCGCCUGGAAAGCCGUCCACGUCGCAGGCACCAACGGCAAGGGCUCUAUCGCGGGCUACCUCUCGACCCUGCUCACGGCCGGCGGGCUUCGCUGCGGCUCCUUUACCUCGCCGCACCUGAUCGAUCGCUGGGACUGCAUCACCAUCAACGAACGCGCCGUGCACGAGUCGCUCUUCCGGCAUGUGGAGGAGCAGGUCAAGCGGCUGGAUGCGAGCCUGGGAGUCGGCGCAACCGAAUUCGAGCUGCUCACUGCCACGGCCUUUGAGAUCUUCCGGCAGGAGAAGGUCGACGUGGGAGUCGUCGAGGUUGGGAUGGGAGGCAGACUGGAUUCGACGAACAUCCUGACCAGCGCCAAUGUGCUGGUGUCGGUGAUUGCGAAUAUCGGGCUCGACCACCAAGCUAUACUGGGCAGCACGCUCGCUGAGAUCGCGGCCGAGAAGGCCGGUAUCAUGAAGGCGGGAGUUCCCUGUGUCGUCGACGGGACAAACCAGGAGGAAGUCAAGACGGUGAUGAGGGAGCAUGCGAAGGAGGCCGGUACUGCUGCCACCUUCGUUGAGCCGGACGGUAUAGCGGCUGCCUAUCCGCAGCUACAGCAAAGGUUCAACGACCUUGCAGCCCAGCCGCAUCAACGGUCGAACAUCUCCUGCGCGAUCGCCGCCCUGGAAUAUGCUCUACCACGUCUACGAGCAAACUUGAAACCCUCCGACCUACUCCCGUUCCUACCUCUCAGCCCGCGCGCCGGCAGACUGCAGCACGUCGAUCUGUCCCCCCUCAUACCUCGCAGCGAACGCGUCCUGCUCGAUGGGGCCCAUAACCCGCAGUCUGCCAGAGUGCUAUCAUCAUACGUCGACCAGACCCUGCGUCGGCCAGAGACAAACAUCACCUGGAUAAUCGCCGCAUCACAGGGUAAGGACCUGCAGGAGCUGUUCGGCAGCAUGCUCAGGCCCGGAGAUAACGUGGCUGCGGUCCAGUUUGGCCCUGUCGACGGGAUGCCAUGGGUCAGAAGCGUGCCGGACACUGAGCUGCUGGCCACGGCCAGGUCCGUCACAGAUAUCGGAUCAACCACGCAGUUCGGACAUGAUAUCGUCCAGGCACUGCAGUGGGCGCACCAAACCGCCGCCGACAAGCCCAUCGUCAUAGCCGGCAGUCUCUACCUGGUCUCUGACGUCUUGCGUCUGCUCCGCCAGACCACCGCCGCCGCAGAUGAUGCGGAUGCUGAUGUGGCUCGCACUGUGGCUUAUGUGUAA